GGUAGUAUCGGAGUACAAGGCGGCGGCGCCGCUGAUAGGUCGCCCGGGAGGUACCUCCCACUGCCUUGCUGCACCGAAAGCAAUCGUGAGGAUGGAGCCCAACCCUGGGACGCAAAAGAAAAAAAAAAAGUGAGGAUUUUUUGGCGAGGCGAGAGGGGGGCAAGCGAACGAGGUGAGGGAGGAGAGAACAAGGCAAGACUCUGUGCUCUGAUUGUGGUUAGAGCAGCUGAAUGAGUCGUGAGCUCUGUGUUAAAUUGUAGGUAUGGAGUGGCGCUACCAAGGUUCCAUCUCAAGUUUUGUCUUAUUAAUCCACCAAGUGUGCUGUUUCACUGUUUGCGGAGCUUCUGCCAGCUGCGGCGCCGUGGAACAGCGCCCUCACAGCGCUGCCUCAGGUGCUGCAGCACCGCUAGCGCACCACUUACAGCGCCCUUAUAGCGCCCCGGCGCCCCAAUCUCCAGCCCCCACGCGGACCGUCUUGAUCUCCGCCUUGGGCUGGGCUUGUGUUCUGCCGCCUUCGACUGCUGACCAGGCCAUCACCAGCCUCAACGGGCAGACCAGCCAACCAACCACUUCUCCGGCCAGCAGCAGCAGCAACCACCACACAGACGUGCAGCUGCGCUCCGCCCUUCCAGCGCCUUUUUUCUGCGGUCCAGCACGUUUCUUGACCUGAGUUGAUUCGAUUCCCUUGGAGCGCCGUUACAG